GCGACCUUGUUCGACCGGGCCGCCUUCUGGGCGCUGCUCCUGCCCGCGUCCGUCCACGGCCGCGUCGCCGACAUCUGGCGCGGCUUCGUCGCGCAGCGCGUGCUCCGGGCCGCGGGGCUCCGGCUCGCGUUCCUGCCGCCGGGCGUGACCCAGCUCCGCAACGACCACGACGCCCUCGCCGACUACAUGAGCGAGCGGCCCUUGUACGAGAAGGCCGACGCCGUCGUCCGCGUGCUCGACGGCGUCGCGCCGCACCGGCCGGGCGGCUCCGUCGCGCGCGCGGUCGAGGACGCCUACGUCGCCCUCUACGAGCACGGCCUCGUCGCCCUCGACGACGUCGCCUACGCCCAGCUCUGGCUCGCGGACCUCUACGCCGUCGGCCUCGCGCUCCCGAAGCUCCGGCGCCACAAGGCACGGCACCGGCCGGUAAUGAUGGUCAAAAAUGGUGGACGGUGA